CUAAUUUCUCUCUUUUAUUAUCCUGUCUUUUGAAAUUUAUAAUGAUUUUCAAGCGUUUUUAAUUUGAUAAUUUAUGCUGAUCAUCGUAAUUUCUGUCGUACAUAGUUGUACAGUUGUACAAAUUAUAAAAAAUUCAAAUUUAGAAAUGGAGUUUUACACGACAUAUUUUUCGGAGUGAAGAACCCGUGAAAUUCGCUUUGCAACUUUUUUCUUUUUCAAAAUUUUCACGACUUACUUAUUUACAUACUUAAUUGAAAUUGAAUUAUGACUGAUAUUCGAGAGGAUCAUGUCGUUUGGACUGCAUAUAAUAGAGCAUAUACAUUGGAUUAUACCAACUGUAAUAAUCUAGAUGAAGAACAUGAACUUAGAAUACAAACAACUCUUAUUGAUGAAUCUCUUACAGAAGAUGAAAAAUCAGAAGUAAUAAAAUUGUUAAAUAAAGAUUAUGACUGGGUUAAUAUUCGUAAUAAUGAAGGAACAAUAAGAAUUUGUGAAAAUUGUCAAGAUAAAUGUAUAGCAAUAUUAUAUUGUGAACAUUGUGUUCGAAAUUAUUUAAAAGAAAAUUUUUCAAACUGGACAUCUGGAAAUAAUGACAUUAAUGAUUUAAUACGGGAAUGUCAAAUGAAAACACUUCGGCCAGAAAGAAUAGUUGAAUGGAUCCCAUAUAAUAAUUUACAAAAUGUCAAAUAUUUAACUAAAGGUGGAUAUUCUGAAAUUUACACAGCAAUUUGGAUAGGUGGAAGUUAUGAAGAAUGGGAUUCUAAAGAAAAUCAAUUAACAAGAUUUGGAGACCAAUGUGUAAUACUAAAAGAGUUAGAAAAUGUUGAAAGUGUUAAUAAACGUUGGUUUGAAGAGAGCAAAUCUCAUUUAACUAUAAGUAGCAAGUGGGCAGAUGUAGUACAAUGUUAUGGUUUAACAAAAGAUCCAUCAAGUGGAAAUUAUAUGCUUGUAAUGAAUAAAAUGGAGAUGGAUUUAAGAACAUAUCUGAAACAAAACCAUAAUAAACUUAUGUGGAAAGAAAGGAUGCAAAUUGCUUAUAAUAUAAUAGUAGGAAUUGACAGUAUUCAUAAAGAAAAUGCAAUUC